CAUCGUUAGUCAAUGAUUGCUACUCUUUUCUUACUAUGUUUAUACUUUUAUAACGUAGCCUUAGCCAGCAUCCACAAAAAUGUAGCACCCGUAGUCUCAGAAUUAAAGGACACUGACCAAUAUAUCAUCAUAUUUAAACCUGAAGUUCCAUCCAUAAAGAUACAUAAUCAAUUAAAGCACAUACAGUUACAUCAAACAACCAAGCAUAAAAGUCAUCAUACAUCCAAAUUACAUGCAGUCGAUAAUUCAUAUAGCAGUAUUGGCAAAUUUAAAUGGUAUUCAGCACAAUUUUAUUCAGAGCCAUUUGAAGAAUAUCUUUCAACAAAUCAAACAGUCAAUGACACAGUCCAUUAUUGGGUAAAAGAUACUCAGUUUUCACUACAAGAGUUUAUACAGACAAAUCCUCCAAGCUGGGGGUUGGAUAGAAUUGAUCAAAGAGAAGGGUUAGAUAACGAGUAUAGAUUUGCUUCCAGUCAAGGAACUGGCGUCACUAUUUAUCUAAUGGACACUGGAAUUCGUGAAGAUCACAACGAUAUUGCUGGAAGAGUGACUAUUGGCAAAACCAUCGUAGGUGACCCCAACGACCCUUCAGAUAAGAAUGGCCAUGGUACAUUUGUUGCUGGCGUUUGCUGUGGAACAAAGUACGGUGUUGCAAAAAAUGCCCAAAUCGUAUCUGUCAAAACAUUGGAUGAUGAAGGCAACGGCCGUCUGUCUGAUGUAUUGAUCGGGCUUGAAUGGAUCGUCCAACAGCAUAAAAGUCAACCAAAUGCAAAAAGCAUUGUGAAUUUAUCCUUGGGUGCUUUGUACAGUCAACCGACCAACGAUGCCAUCACAGCAGCAAUGUCCUUAGGAAUUCAUUUUUCGAUUGCAGCAGGGAACUAUGGUGAAGAUGCCUGCAAGUAUUCACCAGGAUCAACACCUGGUGCUAUUACAGUAGGUGCCUUUGAUCAGGAUGAUUCUGUCUCUUACUACUCAAACUUUGGAAAAUGUGUCGAUAUAUUUGCCCCUGGAACAAACAUUAAAUCAAUAUGGCCAACAAGCCAAGACGCUACGCAUGUACUCACCGGUACAUCCAUGGCAGCACCGCAUGUGGCAGGCACUAUGGCUAUUUUUCUCUCCCAAGCGAACUUUACGCCACCAGAACUUGCAACCUAUCUAAAGAAUGUUUCAACUUUACGAACUGAGGACUUUACAAUCAACAAUACAGGCACUUGGUACAGUGAAAAUAAGACUGUGAUUGAUAAUGCGAUCGAUGUUGGAUAUCAAGUACAGAAUUUAAUGAAUCAAAAGACUCGAGUUAAUUUAUUAUAUAAUCAUCCUCAAGAUGGACAGCAAUUUUGGGUUUAUGGUCGAACUCUCAAUUCUGCUUCUAUUUUAUCUUUUAACUUUAUGAUACCUCUUUUUACUGCUAUAAUAACUUUUAUAAUCCUCUUUUAGAAAACAAUAAAGAAUGCUAUUACCAUUAUCAUCCUUUUCACUUAAAUAGCAAGCAUUUG